AUGUCUGAGGAUUUCAAACUUUUUGAAGUCAGAUUUGAUGAUGAGGGUAUUGAGACACCGACAUCAAAAGCUGAAUUAGGUCAAGAAGACGAGAUCAAAAAGGUUCUAAUUGGAAAGGAAUUACUUUUGAAAAAAAGACAUUAUACAUUAAUCACUCGUAUGAUCGAGGGCAUAAUUCCAGGCGGAACAAAGAAAGAACAACAAAGCAUUUGGUUCCCUUUUUAUACUAUUUCAGCCUUACAAAUUUUAGAAUAUCCGCAAGGUGAAAAAUUCGAUGAAUUUAAAGCCAAAUGUACUAACUUCCUCAAAGACAGAAUCCUUGAAGAUGGAGGAUUCUCAGGAUAUAAACAAGAUUUUACAAAUACGAUUUCAUUAUACGGAGUAAUAAUAGGAAUUAUGGCAAUUAGAACUGAAGAAGCAUAUAAACUUAUCGAUAGAAAGAAAAUUUACGAUUUAUUGAUUUCUCUUAAGCAGCCAGAUGGCUCUUUUCUCGUUUCAAUAGAUGGAGAAAGCGAUAUCCGAUCUACGGAAGUUGCAAUUAUAAUUUCGAAGUAUUUAAACAUUCUUGAUGACAAAAUAUCCGAAAAAACAGCAGAUUACGUUCUUUCAUGCCAAAACUACGAUGGAGGGUUCUCUCCAGUACCACAUUGCGAGUCUCAUGGAGGAUACAUUUACUGUGGCAUUGCAUGCCUUGCAAUACUAAACAGAUUAGAAGAUAUCAACUUAAGUUCUUGUAUACGCUACUUAUCUUCAAGACAAAGCGAAUUUGCAGGUGGAUUCAACGGAAGGACAAACAAACUCGUUGAUACAUGCUACACAUUUUGGAUUGGAGCAACAAUGAGAAUUAUUUGCGAUCAUUUCAAAAUCCCUGAGUUCUGGGAUAAGAACUCCUUGACACAAUACUGUUUAUGCGCAUGCCAGUUCCUUUUCGGAGGUUUUUGCGAUCAUCCACCUUCACAAGCUGAUCCUUUCCAUACUAUCUACACUUUGGCUGGAAUUGGUGUUGCAGGAGACCGUGAAAAAUAUGAAAUACCAGCUGUUGAUCCGUUUUCUGGAGUUCCUCAAGAAUUAUCUCAAAAAUUCCUAAAUUACUUCUUGAAUCUACAAAACUGA